AUAAACCUGGCAACCCUACAGUAGCUGUUGUUAUUUACAUUCUGACAUCGACAGUAGGCAGCAUGGAAAACAAAUGCGUAGUUUGCGGUGCAGACAAUCAAAAAUACAAGUGUAAAACGUGUGCAGUGCAUUAUUGCUCUGUGCCAUGUUAUAAAACGCACAAAGAAACACCGUGCGAACCACCGGCGACAGAACUUCCGAUCGUGGAGGACCGGCAGCCCCAAAAAACAUUCCUCUACACGACAGUUGACACCGUUGAUCCCGAAAAGCUCGAACAGCUACGACAUUCCGAGCAGCUGAAUAAUCUCCUGUACAACCCACAUCUUCGACGGCUGCUAGAGGAAAUCGACAAAGCACCGGAUGCUAUGAAGGCAGUUCGCGUGGCUAUGAUGGAACCACUGUUCGUAGAAUUCGCCGACGAAUGCCUCAAGACAGUGGAGCCUCCGGACGCAAGUGAAAUGAAUGAAUUUCUUUCCAUGAACUCGUAGCAAAGUAGCACUCACUUUAGACCGCUUUUAUUUUAAGAAUAAAGUUAUGUACAAAAUA